AUGUUUCUGUUCGCCGUCGUACAGCACAGACACGCGCCACACGCGUUCCUCGUCGGCUGCAGCAUGUCCUUGUCGCGGCUGUGUCUGCUCCUGCUGUUGCCGACGCCGCUGACGACGACGGCGACCAUCCUGGAGAGCGCCAUUGUGCUGGUGCUGCCUCAGGGUGGCCAUACCCUUAGCAAGCUGGGUAGCCAGGCUGUCGGCAACUGCGCCCAGUGUGGCCUGCUCUGUGCGCAGCAAGAGGAGUGUCUGGCGGUGACCUGCUCCGAUGUCGCCGAGAAAGGGGUCUGCCAGCUCCUGGGAGAUGAGAUGGGAAUUUGCGACACGGAUUGGACAGAAUUCAACGGAGCCUGCUACAUCGUACUCAGAGAAAGACGGAUUUGGAGCGCAGCGAAGGCUGCCUGUCGCCAGCUGCGCGCUGGCUCCGAACUAGCCUCGAUCCACUCGCAGGAGGAAAAUGAUUUUGUGAAGCGCAAUCUCCUGUACGGUCAGAGCGCUUUCAUCGGCCUGGAGCACACCGGACCGUCUACUACUCGGAACUUCUACUGGCUGGACGACACACCGUUCGACUUCACCCACUGGCGCGAUGGUCAGCCUAACGACAGGGCAGAAAACGACCUCUGCGUGGUGGCCCAGGCUGGGGACGUGGUUUGGCUGGACUUCAUCGUGGCUGAAACGAUGUCUCUCUACCCGCAGCUGUGCAAGUACACGCCCUAA